CCGUCUAAGCCCCUUUUUGACUCGUGGCUGUGGAGCUUGCGUGUCUCGGAUUCAGGGGUAAUUUGCUUGGAUGAAGAACUGCAUUUAUCAUUCGUACUAACUACCUAGUUAUACUGUGGACAGUGUAGAAGAGAAACUUCACCCGCUCCCAUCAUGGCCUAUCCCCGCACACGGGCGACGCAUGCUUGGGGCUUGCACCAUCACAGCUGGGCUGGGGGGCUCAGCGACUAUCAGCCUCCACACGCACUUGAAUGAAGCCCAGCGAUUGGUGAAGCCGGUCAAAUCCCUCGCCGCGGCUGGGAUUGGCACCGGCCAAGCUCCGAAUUCGAUCGUUUCAGGCUUGCUGCAAGCCGACGGCGGCAGUCUUUAAGACCCCCCCCUGGCCACCUCUCCCCGCCCCCCUGAUGGAGAGAUCUCAGAUCCAGAUCUCCAACCCCCACAUCUACGACGUUGCUGUCGCUAACCAGACCAGUCAAGAUGCCCAGCAAAGGAGUCCAUGCUUUCACUUACCUCGCGGCCCAUGGCUGCUCAAUUGAGCUGUCGGUCCCUGGACAAAGCGUGUCAGUCAAGGAGCUGCACCGCUUCCGCGAUGUCUGCUUAGAGGUGGAGACGUCCGCAAUUGAGAGUUUCUUCGACAAGAGAGGGAGGUUUACCUUCAAGGUGUUUCAGCAUGGCAAGCAGAUCUGUGAGCAAUGGAUCGAUGUGAACGCCAUUACGGGCAACGCCAGUGGCGGCACCAUGGAGUCCAUCGCCAACACGCCCUCCAUCUUCCACGGCGACGACAUCAUCAUCUCGUACGGCAUGUACGAGGCCGGCGGGGGCCAUGACCUGCUUCCCAACCGCCACCAGUGCUACAUCACCGUCACGCCCAACUAUUCCAACUGGAUCGGCAAUGUCGCGCCGCCGGGCUCCGACCUCGAGAACAAGCCGUUCGCGCGGCUCGUCCUCCCCUCGGCGCACGACGUGGGCAUGAACAGCAUGGAGAGCAGCGAGGCGGUGCUCCGCAAGGUCGGCGGCGCUAUAGUCGCGGAGCUCAUCAAUGACAACCGGGUCCUGGUCAAGCUCGCCGACAAGCUCUCGGCCAGCGCCAUCGCGCUCAUCGCGCCCAACAUCAUCUUCGGCCUGGCCAUCACGCAGAAGGACAGCCUGGAGGCCAUGCUGGCCAUCGGCGCGCGCUACUUCGAGUUCCGCCCGGCGCACCUGCACAAGUCGGUCAUUCCGACGGGCGCCCUGCCCGACCGGCUGUACUUCCAGCACAGCGCGAUCCCGGGCAUGGCGUACGACGCCUUCCUGCGCGGCGUCGUGGGCUUCCUGCGCGCGCACCCGGCCGAGAUCGUCGUGGUGCAGCUGCGGUGGGACGGCGUGCCCGACGUGUGCGCGAAGCCGUCGCGCGAGGAGAAGAAGCAGUACCUGGACGAGGCGCUGCGCCACGCCGACGGCAGCAUCGUGGCGGGUAAUUUGACCGACAUGAAGCGGCUGACCAUCGGCCAGCUGCGCCGCGAGAAGAAGCGCCUGAUUAUGCUGGACAGCGUCGACUCGCUGUCGACCUACACCGACGAGGGCAACGCGACGCUCGACGGCGACAGCAUCCUCUCGGCGCUGCCCAAGAUGUUGACGGCGGGCAAGCAGAAGGGCAAGGCCUUUACCAACAUCCAGUGCCAGGCGACCGCGUCCAACAUCAUCAAGGCUGUGGUCUAUUCGAUUCUGGAGUCGAGCGUCACCACCAGCUGUCUGUUGGCCACCAAGGGGUUGUGCGAUUCCAAGACAUUACCGUGGUGCAGGGACAAUAUCCUGCGGACUUGCGACGUCAACCACCUUAUUGUUUUGAUGAAUGAUUGGAUAGACGGUGCGACUUCUGACAUCGCGGUUCAGUUGAGCAGGAAGAGGUUGGAGAAGUGAUGGGUGUCUUUCCCCCGUCACCGAGGAUGGGAGCACAGACGAGGUGCUGGUUGGAGGUGCUUGCCGGGUAGACUUUUGACGGAUGAGAUGAUUGACGAUGUCUGAUGUCAUUACAGGCUGGUGGUUCAACGGGGGCCAGUCUCUUCUAUUUGGGUCCUUUUUUCAUUCAGGUACCGGCGGACGGUGUUAGUGAACGCAACCUCAAUGGGCCGUGUCACAUUAUUUUCCAUAAUACCGGCUCGAUCGACUAGGGAGUACCUUAGGUACAGAUCCAGAACGGGAUUGUGAUUUCAAGCUUUCAAAGCAACUGGCAACACCAGCGCUGCUCCGGCCAUCAUCUCGCUCCCCGACCAGGCCCUAGUGGAUGCCGUUCCUGUCCCGGUACCGGCCCGGGAUUGCGCCGGCUUGAUCUCUUCUCGGGCCCGGCUGAGCUUCGAACCCCGCAUC